GCCACUCCCGGUCCCGGUCCCGAGACCGCGGCUCGCAGAGGUCCCAUCCGCCUGCGGCACCUGCACUUCUUCGUGUACCUGGUCCCUGAGAGUCGCCUGCUGCCAUGAGGAUUGCAGUGAUUGGACAGAGCCUAUUUGGCCAGGAAGUUUACUGCCACCUGAGGAAAGAGGGCCACGAGGUGGUGGGCGUGUUCACUAUCCCAGACAAGGAUGGGAAGGCCGACCCCCUGGGCCUGGAGGCUGAGAAGGAUGGAGUGCCAGUGUUCAAAUUCCCCCGGUGGCGGGCGCGAGGACAGGCUCUGCCUGAUGUGGUGGCAAAAUACCAGGCUCUGGGUGCCGAGCUCAACGUCCUGCCCUUCUGCAGCCAGUUCAUCCCCAUGGAGAUCAUCAAUGCCCCCCGACACGGCUCUAUCAUCUACCACCCAUCUCUGCUCCCCAGGCACCGCGGGGCCUCAGCCAUCAACUGGACCCUCAUUCAUGGAGAUAAGAAGGGGGGAUUUACCAUCUUCUGGGCGGACGACGGUCUGGACACUGGGGACCUCCUGCUCCAGAGGGAGUGCGAGGUGCUGCCGGACGACACCGUGAGCUCGUUGUACAACCGCUUCCUCUUCCCUGAAGGCAUCAAAGGGAUGGUGCAGGCUGUAAGGCUGAUUGCGGAGGGAAAAGCCCCCAGGCACCCUCAGUCUGCGGAAGGAGCCACCUAUGAGGGGAUUCAGAAGAAGGAAGUGGCCAGGAUCAACUGGGACCAGCCAGCAGAGGCCAUUCACAACUGGAUCCGUGGAAACGACAAGGUGCCGGGUGCCUGGACAGAGGCCUGUGGACAGAAGCUGACGUUUUUCAAUUCAACGCUGAACACUGCAGGCCUGGUGCCUGAAGGAGAAACUUUGCCCAUCCCGGGAGCCCAUCGGCCAGGGGUGGUCACCAAAGCAGGACUCAUCCUCUUCGGGAACGAUGACAGAAUGCUGCUGGUGAAGAACAUUCAGCUGGAGGACGGCAGGAUGGUCAUGGCCUCACACUUCUUCAAGGGGGCAGACAGCAGCGCCCUGGAGCUGACAGAGGAGGAGCUGGCCACCGCGGAGGCCGUGCGGAGUGUUUGGCAACGGAUCCUCCCCAGUGUCCCAGAGGUUGAAGACUCCACCGAUUUCUUCAAGUCAGGGGCCGCAUCGGUGGAUGUUGUGAGACUGGUGGAGGAAGUGAAGGAGCUGUGCAAUGGCCUGGAGCUAGAAAACGAAGAUGUUUACCUGGCAACCACCUUCUGGGACUUCAUCCAACUGUUGGUGAGGAAGCUGCGAGGGGAGGAUGAAGAGACUGAGAACGUCAUUGACUACGUGGAAAAGGAGGCAAACAAGCGGACUCUCCAAAUGCCCCACCAGCUCUUCAUUGGGGGGGCAUUUGUGGACGCUGAGGGGGCCAAGACCUACGACACCAUCAACCCAACAGAUGGAAGCGUCAUCUGCCAGGUGUCCCUGGCCCAGGUCAGCGACGUUGACAAGGCAGUGGCUGCGGCGAAGGAUGCCUUUGAGAAUGGACUGUGGGGGAAGAUCAGCGCUCGGGACCGGGGCCGGCUCUUAUACAGGCUGGCGGACCUCAUGGAGCAGCACCAGGAGGAGCUGGCCACCAUCGAGGCCCUGGAUGCAGGUGCCGUCUACACACUGGCCCUGAAGACCCAUGUGGGCAUGUCCAUCCAGACCUUCCGCUACUUUGCUGGCUGGUGUGACAAGAUCCAGGGCUCCACCAUCCCCAUCAACCAGGCCAGACCCAACCGCAACCUGAGCUUGACCAGGAAGGAGCCUGUCGGGGUCUGUGGCAUUAUCAUCCCCUGGAACUAUCCCCUGAUGAUGCUGUCCUGGAAGACAGCAGCCUGCCUGGCUGCUGGGAACACAGUGGUGAUCAAGCCUGCCCAGGUGACACCGCUCACGGCCUUGAAGUUUGCAGAGCUGACGCUGAAGGCCGGCAUUCCCAAGGGUGUAGUCAAUGUCCUCCCGGGAUCUGGCUCACUGGUCGGCCAGAAACUCUCGGACCAUCCUGAUGUGAGGAAAAUUGGGUUCACGGGCUCCACGGAGGUGGGAAAACAAAUCAUGAAAAGCUGUGCCCUGAGUAAUGUGAAGAAGGUCUCCCUGGAGCUGGGCGGGAAGUCGCCCCUUGUCAUCUUUGCUGACUGUGACCUCAACAAGGCUGUGCAGAUGGGCAUGAGCUCCGUUUUCUUCAACAAAGGGGAGAACUGCAUUGCAGCGGGUCGGCUCUUCAUAGAGGACUCGAUUCAUGACCAGUUCGUGCAGAAAGUGGUAGAAGAGGUGGGGAAGAUGAAGAUCGGUAACCCUCUGGACAGGGACACCAACCAUGGGCCCCAGAACCAUCACGCCCACCUGCAGAAGCUUGUGGAGUACUGCCGGCGUGGCGUGGAGGAAGGGGCCACGCUGGUCUGUGGUGGGCGUCAAGUCCCUCGGCCAGGUUUCUUCUUUGAACCAACCGUCUUCACGGACGUGGAGGACCACAUGUUCAUAGCCAAGGAGGAGUCCUUUGGGCCCAUCAUGAUCAUCUCUCGGUUUGCUGAUGGGGACGUGGACACCGUGCUGUCUCGGGCCAAUGCCACGGAAUUUGGCCUGGCCUCUGGCGUCUUCACCAGGGACAUCAGCAAGGCCCUGUAUGUCAGUGACAAACUCCAGGCAGGCACUGUGUUUGUCAACACAUACAACAAGACUGAUGUGGCCGCUCCCUUCGGAGGAUUCAAGCAGUCUGGAUUUGGCAAAGACCUGGGAGAGGCGGCCCUGAACGAGUACCUGCGGGUCAAGACGGUGACUUUUGAGUACUGAACAAAGGCCUCCGAGAGAGGAAAGACCCCAUCUGGCUGGCGCCUCCUCAUCCCACACUACCCUGACCUGCCUUCCCCAGCUGGGGCUGCCUCAGGUGGCCUGGUGGCCCCUCCCUCCCCAGUCCAGUGGGCACAGCAGCCCCACCCUGGGGCCAAUGGAAGCCCCCUGCCUGCACCCCGUGUCUGCGUCUGGACACCCUCUGUCCAAUCAGAAGCUGCCCUUGGCUGAGUGAGGGGUGGCCCCAGGGCGAAUAAAUGCAGCCACCAAAAAAAAAAAAACUCUGAGCAGAGGCUGCCUGCACCCGUGGCUGCUCUCCAUCUGGGGGUGCUCCUGGGUGGCCCCAGGAGCCAUGUGGUCACCCCGAGUCCUGUUCAGGAGCGCUGUUGCUUGUCUUUGGCAGGCUGGACUCCCCGGGGAGAGACAUAGGAGGAAAUGGAGUGGGUCGGCUCAGGCCUCCACACGGCAGGUGUGAGACGGAGUUAUGGGUGCUAGAGGUCUGGGGUAACCCUUGGGAGACACACACGGGAGGAAGCGGGACCAGGCUGUGAUGCUGCUCAGGCUCCCUCAGCAAAUGCGGCCAGGCCCGCCGCACCCUCUCGGGCCCAGUCAGCACGGGCUCAGCCUUGGCUGAUCGCAGCCCCUGGCUUCCUCCAUCACUCUUGCUCUUCUGUUGAGAGUAUCCUCUUGUGGAAGGUCUGUCCAGACCUCGCCUUGUGAGGGACGAUGACAGCAACAUGACAACAACGUGCUGAGUACUAACUGCACACCGUGUGCUGAGUGCUAACUGCAGCAGGUAGGCUCCAGAUCCUCUGUGUACACUUAUCUCAUUUAAUGCUCACUAUCCCAGUGAGGAACUGUUUUUAUCCCAAUCCAAAACUGAGGAAAUCGAGGCAGAGGUUCAACUGCCCAAGGAUACACAGCAUGUAUGAAACUGUUCCCCAUACUUUCCAGAUUAUGCAGACUUGGAAGCCCCCACUUCCUGCAGAGACCCCUAAGUGCUGGAGUGUCCCAGAUCGGUCCCCGCAGCCUUCUCUUUCUGUCAAGCCUUAGUUGCCCUGCGGGCACCUGCUUCUCCUUUGGGGGCAGCUCUCUCCCCCCAGGGCUUCUCCACCUUGCUGUGAGGUCCCCUCCCACAAGAAACGCACUUACACGCCACUCGUGCAGGAAAGGGCAGUUUAUACUCUCCAGCUGGCCAACGACCGUCUCCCAAGGAACAACCAAGGAAGAGCUGCCUCAGGCCUUCGUCUUGUGGGGUUUUUAAAGACAAAAACUACAUCCUGUUGGCACAUGGAUUUGUCCAGGUGCACAAAGCAAGCUAGGGAGCUCGGUCACAGAGGCCAGGAAUGAGCCGUUCGAGCCAUCAAGCAUACAAGUUUUCGUUGUGUAUGGUUCCUGCUCCCAUGUAAUAAUUCACCGUGUAUGCUUCCUGCUCCCAUGUAAUAGUUCACCGUGUAUGGCUCCUGUUCCCAUGUAAUAGUUCACUGUGUAUGGCUCCUGUUUCUUUGCAACGGCUUUUGUUUCUAUGAGAAGGUCAACGGUGUCUCAUGCAGAAGGGGGGUGUGGUCUGCAGGUCAGAUGGGGUAAAAUGGAGUUGCUUAGAUUAAGCACGCAAUUCUACAGAAGCAGAUAGCGUAUGUUAUGAGGGUGUAGGUAGCUCUAUUUCAGCCUGAGUGUGCAGCAGGCCCUGCUCCUGAUGCCCCACGCACCCUGUGAUCAGGCUGCAACUCCUCACAAGGUCUUCCUAGAGGUCCAGGAAAAGCGAGCCCCCACUCUAUGUGGCCACUCAGGGUCCGGAAGCCCAGACCCCAGCCCUUGCCUGUUUCUCACACUCCUCCCAGCAGCAGGGCCCGCUCACCCUGCCCGCCGAGCUCCUGUCAGGUCCAGUCCCAGCGCUUGUUGCUACAGAAGGGAAGAGACAAGCUUUCACUUUGCUUAAAGCCCUCGGGGCUGUGCUGCCUCAGAACUGACCGACCAUCUGCAUGAUGACUGGUGGGGGGUGAGUUUCCUGAGAGGAAGCCUUCCCCUGUGGCCAGGGGUGUGGACUCACCUCAGCACAGGACACUUAAACCGAGCAGACAAGUCCCACCUCUGCUCUUUCCUGGCUUCCAGUUGUUUUGUUUCAAACACCCCAGGCUUGGGGCAUCAACAGCACAGUCGGAGCUAAUGCAGCUGACCCUCAGCCUGUGGCCAGCCGUCUUAGCUCCUGUCUACAAGACAGAGGUGGAUUCCAGCCCAGUGUCCCGAAGGGGUCAGCCCUGGCUUCCCUAUGAACAUCCCUACAUGGCAGAUGAGCAGGGAAAGCCUCAAACACAGGCCAUGCAAACACAAGUAGAGCCAAGGAGCAUGUUUCUCCCCUCUUCAGGCAGACACACAAAGAGCUUGGCUUUCGCAGGGUGCCCACAGCUGUGCUUGAGACCUCAGGCUUAGAUGUGCAAGACCGGAAUCCUAGCUUUUUGUCCUUCUCCCCCUUUCAAGAAUUCUCCUGAAACCAGAAGGUAUGGAACAUAAGACCACUAAUAUCCCCCAAUUUCCUUUCUCUGUUCCCAUUUUUCUUAAGUCUUGGAACCCCCUAUUUUAUCUGGGCAAAGGCUGCCCAGGAGAAAGACUCAGUUUCCCAGCCUCCUUUGCAGCCAGGUGGUGGUCCAGGGACCAAGUUCUAGUCAAUGGGAUGUGAGGGGAAGGGGUUUUGUGAACUGUUGACACAUGCCCUUUAAAGGACGGGUCACUCUGUUGCCUUUCCUCCUUCCCUCCCCUGGGCUGGCUGGAAGCAGACCCAGUGCACGUGCUGGGGGGCAUUUUCUAACCCUGCAGAUAUGGGCAGCACUUGGGGGUGGGGGCUGGAGAAAGCCUGAGUCCCCAACAUCAUGGAGGUGCAUUCCACCCGGGGUGACCUACAAUUAGACAAUCACAAGAGAUAAGCUUUUAUUACCACCUUUUUGUGAUUUUUAAGUGCAUUUAUGUUUCACCAUGUUAAUAGAAGAGGUUAAGUGGUUUAAAAGUAUAAUAAACAAAAUAAAAAUUGCAUGAGCGAAUGGAGACCAAGAGGAAAGUGGUAGUAAGAUAAAAUCAGGAGUGCAGUUAGUAUCGAAACCUUCCAAUCAUAGCCUUCUAAAGUCAGGCCACCAUUUAGCUCAGACUUUCUAGCCACCAGGGUGCAAGGAAACCUGACCAGUGGCCUAAUUUCAGUGUCCAUAUGAUAGGAACAAACUAUUUUUUUCUGGAGGACAACUGUUUCUAGUAGAGUAAUAAAUUCAUAUUACAAGUCUUCCUAAAAAUAUGUUUUGUAAUCUAAUGACUGCUGUCUUGUACUACUCAUCAUAGAGAGGUAAGUCACACACAGCUGUCUGGACCUUCCCGAGGCAGGCCGAGUGCACGUUACACCACCACCAGAGCAAGCAACUCUCCUGGGGCCGGGAGUGUGCCGUGGGCAGCGAGCACGCUUGGUCCAGAUCUGUAGUGCUUUGUUGAUCUGGCUUCAUGCAAACAUGAUAAGACAGGAGAAACUGGAAUUCACCAGACGUCUUUUCAGGGAGAGUCUUGCAUUUAUUUUAUUUAUUCAGCAGAAUACUGUCAUAAAAUUGGAGCCAUGGGAACAUUCAGAAUCAAAAGAUGGUCAUAGAAUUGUUCUACAUAAAGGGAGGAGGAAUUCGGAAUGCGUGGGGGCAUGAGGUGGGGAGGAAGGAGGUGUGACCCUGCAGGGCAGAAUAGGGAACAGUCUUUCAGGGAAAAUGUAGGAGUGUGGUGGAAGCUCCCCACCCCUUCUGUCGUCCAAAAUCAACCAUUCCUCAUGGUCCCCUAUGCUUUUUGGAAAUGGCCCCUGUAUUAGUCUGUUUCUGUUGCAUAUAACAUAAAUACCUAAAACUGGGUAAUUUGUAAGUCCAGGAAACACACCUGGUAAGGGUCUUCCUUGGCAGUAAUGCAGGGGUCUCACAUGGCAGAAUGACGGAGCAGAGAGAGAGAGAGACUGUCACAUGCUCUCCUUCUAAAGCCCUCAGAACCACACCCAUGACCACCAUUAUUAAUCCAUUCACUUGGGCACGGUCCUACAAUCUAAUCUUCUCUUCAAGGCCCUGCCUUUCAAUUACAGGAAUAGGAUUUUCACCUUUAACAGUUACAGUGGGGAUUAAGCUUCAAUGACUUUGGGGGGCCAUUCAAUCCACUGUUGCUCCUUUGGGGCAAACCCAAGGAAGAGCUGAUUUCUGCAGCCAAGUGGUCACAGGCAGGAGUGGACUGCAGAAGCAGAGACUGUUGCAGGUGACAUCUGGUUAUGCAAGUGUGUGGUCAGGCUUCACACCCUCUAGUCAUCCUCCAGAAAUGCUGCUUCUCCCAAGGGAAUUUUCAAGAUCAUUGAGCUGUGAGGUGUCUGUUUUCUUUUCCCUAACAAGUGCCUGGCAGGCACUUUACUGCAGUGCCGGGAACUGAAUGGGGCCUGGGAAUGAAGUGCCUUUAUAUUCCAAACAAGUGAAGAGUUUAAUAGUUAAUAUGUUAAAGAGAUGAGGACAGAACACACAGCUUGUUUACUGCACUCUUUCCAGUGCCUAGGGUAGGCCUCGAGUAUAUCAGGUUCUGAUAAAGUCUUGUUGACCAAAUGAAUAAAGUUGUGUGGUGAUCACUCUAAAUUCUCACUGCAGUGGAUUAUCUUCUAGAAAAAUUAAUGCAUUACCAAAAUUGUCUCAGGAAGUAGUAAAAACCGUGACUGGAUUUGUUAACGUUUGGAAAACUGUGGAAAAACACACACACUCCUGUCUCAGUCGCGAGUGGCUAGCUUGUGCUAUGGCAGCUGUCAAUCUCCAGCUUGAGCAGCUCAUUUCUUGCUCAGGCUCAUGCCACUGCGGACUGUCAGGAACCCUGUUCCAGCUGUCCUUGUCUAAGACUCAACGGCAACUGAGGCAGAGGGGAGGACCACCCUGGAGAGUCCUGCAUCAGCACUUGCAUGCUUUUUGCUGGAAAUGACAUGGCACUUCUGCUUCUAACCAGUUGGCCCAGGCUACCCACAGAGCCCCAUGCCACAACUGAGGGCUGGAAAGUGCAGCAUUAAGAAACAGAUAUUCUCAUCCCUGUGUAACAAAAUGUUAUGGACUGAAUGGGUGCUCCCCCCACCCCAAUUCAUAUGUUGAAGCCCCAAACCCCCAUGUUAUGAUAUUUCGAGGUGGGCCUUUGGGAGGUAAUUGGGUUUAGAUGAGGUCAUGAGGGUGGGUUCUCAUGGUGGGAACAGUGUCUUUAUGGGAGGAGACACCAGAGAGCUAGUUCUCUCUCUCCCUCCACGUUCAUGUACCCAGGAAAGGCCAUGUGAGGACACAGCAAGAAGGUGGCUGUCUGCAACACAAGAGGAGACCCCUCACCAGAGACCGACCCUGCUGGCACCCUGAUCUCAGACUUCCAGUCCCCAGAACUGUGAGGAAAUAGAUUUCUGUGUGUAAGCCCCACAGUCUGUGGUGUUUUUGUGUGGCAGCCUAAGCUACUAAGACAUAGGACACAAAAACUUGAGAAUCUUUCUGAUUCUUUCUAUAGAGCUAUCAAAUCUCUAGUGCCCAAACUUGACAAAGAUAGCACAAGACCAAAACUAUAGCUCAAAGGCACCAAUGGCAACAUUUUUAACAUCUUCAAUAAAGUAUCUGUAAAUUGAAUUUAACUAGAUAUAAAGAAUAAUUCAUUAUGACCAAAUUAUGUGUGUCCCAGGAAUACAAGGAUAGUUUAAAGGAAAAUAUCAAAUCACCUUCAUUCACAAUAAAAAGUCAUUUUUAGGUACCGUGUUCAGAUCGUAGGUCCAUCACUUCAUAACUGUGUGACUUUGGAUCAAGUACUUAACUGCUCUGGUCCUCAGGUUUUCAUAUCUACAGAAUGGGAUAAUUGUGGCCCUUACUUCACAGGGUUAUUAUGAGAAGUAAGACAUGAUGACUGUGAAGUGCUUAUCUAGCACGUUUGUGCGAGGUGUAAGUGCUCAAUUUUAGCUGAUUUUAUUACCAUUACUAUUACUGUCAUCAUUGCAUUAAAUUGAUAGCUUGUCCUGUCAUUCAUCUAUUUAUUUAUUUUACAAAUACAUAUUGAGCAUCUACUAUGUGCCAGACACUGUUCCAGGAGAAAAAGUUCCUGCUCUCAUCAAAUGUACAUUCUAGAGGGAAAAAGAGAAAACAAACAAGUAAACAAAUAAGCGUACGUACAGGUUCUGUGAUAAUGUGUGGACUUUUGUAUUGAAUGAUGUUGAAUUCAGAGAGGUGACAGAACUUAUUAAAGUGGAUAAAGCGAAAAUUGUAGCCUAUGAUGGUAAAAAUGCUGGCUGUAAUACUACCAAAUGACUAGGGAAAAACGGCUUUUUUAUGCCAUCUUCUGUUAUUAUUCAUCGCUUUUUGAAGAGAAGCGUAGAAGAGACUUUUUUUUAUUUACUCUAACAUUUCCGAAAUGAUGACACUGUGCUAUGCUAUCAGAGAAUUCCAGCAGAAAGAAGCUUGUAACUCUGUAGCCUCUUACAUUACCUUUACUAUGCAGCAUGAAGAAACAUAACUUUUUAAAAAUGACAAAUCAAAAGUUGCUGCCUUCCUAAGAACAUUCUUUAAUAAACUUACUUUAAAACUCAAAAAAAAAAAAAAAAGAGAGAGAGAGAGAGAGAAAGUAAGGCCUGGGAUCCAAAAGCAGGGAGCCUAACUGCAGAGAGAGGAGAAUCAGCACGCGGUGCAGGCAGAGCUCAAGAGACAGCUGCGCUGCAGACCCUGCGAGCAGAGCGCCCAGAUGGGAGCAGCUCGGGGGCAGUGCCAGUGUAAGACACACAAAUGUACGAAGCAGGAAAGUCACCAUGAAGCUGAGUCACUUGUGCGGGAGCCCAUAGCUAUCACUUUAAAUAUGUGGGAAGCCACACAGAUGUUCCUGUUGAGACAUAUUUCACUGGAACGCUGUAGUAGAACACAAAGAGACCCACAGAACCUCAUAGCUGCACCUGAAGUGUGUUGCUUCCAAAAUGUGAGAAGGAAACUAAAAAAACAAACAUUAAUAAAUGUCUAAUGAAAUGUUUACAAUUCAUAAGAUGCAAACAAAUCAACUGCGACCCACUCAACCAUUAAUAACAUACACACGUACCUGUGUGUGUGGUUAUUGUGGGAUAUGGGUUCGUUUUUACAUAUUGUUGGAUGGAACUUCCAAAAAUAAGUUUGUGCAUGGCCUAUGAAGGUCUGAAAAGAGUAGCCUGUAAGCUAACAAUCUCCAUGUCCUCUGGGUUACUGACAAGUUGGGAUUAUACUACAGGGUCCGUGGCUUCCAGACAUGGGGCUGGUGGUUGCCCCCACGUUCCAGGCAGGCACACUGAAGACUGCACUCCAUCUUCAGCAAAUAUCCCCUCCACUCCCUGCUGCCAGGAAUCCUGCCUGAUCAAGGUCCACUCAGCCCUAAAUCAGACCUAACCUGCAGGCCCAGGAGAGUGGCAACCUCAGCAGAGCUUGCAGUAGCUCUGAACCCCAAGAGAAAGGUGUUGUCCCCAGUUGCUUGGUGCUGGGCUGAGGAGGGGCCAGUCAACUCAGAGCACCUGUCUGCAGUGCUCACCUCCAAAAGAAAACACAAACAAGCAAUUUUGGCCUCUUUGGUGACCCACAGUCCUUAAUGUUUCAAUGACAAAAUACAGACACAGACAUGGACACAGAAGUUGAUAGCAUAUAGACACAGCCCCCAAAUGUUUUGAAAGAAUAGAAAGAAUUACAGUCAGUGAGUGGGCAGGUAAGACAUGCAAAGCCUCCACCGUCGCCAGACGGAUCAAACCUCCUGAUGUAGUCUUUCUAAUCACCACUCCCCUGCCAACUCCAGUCCUGGCUGGAGUAUGCAAGGGAUUGAUAGUGGCACUAAAUCAUCAGUAUUGAAAAUUGAUCACGAUAUAAAUACAGUGCUCACUGUGGAUUGAAUGUCCUCCCAAAAUUCACUGAAGCUGGACCCCCACAGUGCUAAGAGGAUGGGGAGUCCGAUUAUGGCAUCUGAAAGGUGGGGACUUUAAGAGGUGAUUGGAUUGUGAGCACUGUGCACGUGACUGGUAGAUCGAUCCAUUCAUGGAGUGAUGGAUACGGUUCUGAUGGCUUUAUAAGGAGGCAAGUGAGAAGGUCAGCUCUCCCUUGCUCAGAUUCUCUCACCAUGUGAUACCCUGCGCUGCUGCAGAGGCACCACCCAGAAGAAGGCCUUCACCAGAGGUGCCCCCUGGACUGUGGACUUCCCAGCCCCCAAAACUGUAAGAAAUACAUUUCAUUCCUUUAUGAAUUACCCAGUUUCCAGUAUUCUGUUGUAAGCAACAGAAAUGAACUAUACAGUGUGGUGGAGUUUGGAUGUGUUGUCCCCUCCAAAACUCAUGUGGAAAUUUGAUCUCCAGUGUGGCAGUUCUGGAAACUGAUUGAGUCAUGGGGGCGGAUCCCUCAUGAAUGGAUUAAUGCUCUCCCUGGGGGAGGGGGAUUAAUGAGUGAGUUCUCGCUCUCUUAGUUCCAGCGAGAGCUCGUUGCUUAAAAAGACCCUGGCACCUCCUCUCUCUCUCUCUCUCUCUCUCUCUCUUGCUUCCUCUCUCGCCAUGUGAUCUGCUUGUACCCGCCAGCUGCCUGCCACUUUUCCACCAUGAGUAGAAGCAGCCUGAGGCCCAUGCCAGAUGCAGCUGUCCCAGAAUCUUAAGCCAAAUAAACCUCUUUUCCUUAUAAAUUA